AUGCCUCCCGUGGCCAUAGACGGUGAUAGUGGGUUGUGCAAAUUCAAGAAGAAAAGGGAGCAAAAGCAUGGAUUGAAUAUGUAUUUAACAAUUUCCCAAUGUCAUGAUGUUGUGGCUUGCGGUGGUGAGGUAGUGGUGGACGGAGGAGUAGAUGAAACAUGGAUGACUUUGAACAGUCCAGAAAACUUCGAAGACAGAAGAGUGGUGGAAGCAGUGGAAGAUGAAAUCCGCGGUUACGGUGGCGGGACAAGUAGGCCGGUUAACAAUAGCAUUGUGGAGGAAGAACUGGUUGAUUUGUUUGUCGUCCCCCUGACGUAUGAGAACGAAGAAUUUCUAGAAGAGGUGGACGAAAUUUUCCGUUCAGCUAGUAAGAGAAAUGUGGUAGAUAUUGUGGAAAGAGUAACCGAAGACAGAAAUACUGUGGUCGGGGACAACAAUGGAAAACGGAAGAGGGAUUGGUUAGCAAGAAAUGGCGUUAGCGGUAGUGAUAUUACCGGCAGUUGUUUCUGA